AUGAAGACAGGGCAGGAGCGACACAGCAAGGCUGAGGUCACGUGUAGCAGCGCACGGCAACUCUCGGCCUGCAUCCUGUUCCGCGCUGAGCCCCGGAGUCGCGUCUUUACCACCCCGCGCCCUCUUCCGUCCGCCACCUUUUUCGCGCUCUCAUCUAACAGCUCUCAACACCCCAAGCGUCUGCCAGUGGAGGACCCUGAAGUGAGAUUCUACGACGGCUUUUCUCUUUCAGACACGUGCCAUAUCCGACUCGCCGACUCCACGAAGGGACCAUCUCACUACAUGUCCUCGUCACUUAUCUACUUCAGGUUGCAUUGA